AUGUCAAUCUUAUGUGGCCUACCUCUCCUUGAGUGUGUGUAUUGUCUAGCUUGCGCUCGCUGGGCAUGGAAACGAUGUCUCCACACUGGAGGUCGUGACAGUGAGAGUUGGGGUCUUGCAACUGCAGAAGAAUUUGAGCCAGUUCCUCGCCUUUGCCGCUAUAUACUAGCGGUUUAUGAAGAUGAUCUUCGGCACCCUCUUUGGGAACCUCCUGGAGGGUACGGAAUAAACCCAGAUUGGUUAAUCCUGAAAAGAACUUAUGAAGAUACUCAUGGAAUGGCGCCACCAUAUAUGUUGUAUCUUGAUCAUGAUCAUGCUGAUAUAGUUCUAGCCAUUAGGGGCCUUAAUUUGGCAAAGGAGAGUGACUAUGCUGUACUUUUGGAUAAUAAGCUAGGGAAAAGGAAAAUUGAUGGUGGGUAUGUCCACAACGGGCUAUUGAAGGCUGCUGGUUGGGUUUUGGAAGCGGAGUGUGUUGUUUUGAAGGAAUUAGUGGAGAAGUAUCCGAAUUACACACUGACUUUUACAGGUCAUUCUCUAGGGUCAGGUGUAGCAGCAAUGUUGGCGCUAGUGGUAGUGCUUCAUAAAGAUAAAUUGGGAAACAUUGAAAGAAGGAGGAUCAGAUGCUAUGCCGUUGCACCUGCAAGAUGUAUGUCACUUAAUUUGGCUGUCAGAUAUGCAGAUGUUAUCAAUUCUGUAGUGCUUCAGGAUGAUUUCUUACCACGGACAGCCACCCCCUUGGAAGACAUUUUCAAGUCACUUUUCUGUUUGCCCUGCUUACUAUGUUUAAGGUGCAUGAGGGAUACAUGUAUAUCGGAAGAGACAAUGAUCAAAGAUCCAAGGAGACUGUAUGCACCUGGUCGCCUCUAUCACAUUGUUGAAAGAAAGCCUUUCAGAUGUGGAAGAUUCCCCCCAGUUGUGAGGACAGCAGUACCAGUAGAUGGACGGUUUGAGCAUAUAGUUCUUUCUUGUAAUGCUACUUCUGAUCAUGCAAUCAUUUGGAUAGAGAGAGAAGCCCGGAGGGCUCUGGAUAUACUGGUUGAGAAAGAUCGAAUCAUGGAGAUCCCAGCAAAGCAAAGGAUGGAACGGCAGGAGACUUUGGCCCGAGAACAUAGCGAGGAGUACAGGGCUGCACUACAUAGAGCUGUUACGCUCUCAGUUCCCCAUGCGUAUUCACCUUCUAAGUAUGGAACUUUCGAUGAGGUGGAGGAAGGAGAGGAUUCGCACAGAUCGAGUGGAGAAUCUUCUUUUAGUUCUCCAAAGACAAGCAAGACAAGAGAGAACUGGGAUGAGUUGAUCGAACGCCUUUUUGACAAAGAUGAAUCCGGUCACAUAGUUCUCAAGAAAUCACACAGGGAUGAUUGA